CGGAAGUGCGGGGCUGGCGCCGGAGCGGGGUGCUAUGGAUCUCGGGCGGGGAGCCGGGCCGGGGCUGUGGCGCUGCGGGCGGCGGCUGCUCUGGGCCGCCUCCCUGCUCUGCGUCCUGCUGGACCUGCAGCUCCCAGGCUUGCUGGCCUCCGGGCAGGCCGAGAUCGAGAACCACCUGGAAAUGGGGCGCAAGCUGCUGGCGGCCGGACAGCUGGCCGAGGCGCUGUCUCACUACCACUCCGCCGUCGAAGGUGACCACAAGAAUUACCUCACCUAUUACAAGCGCGCCACCAUCUACCUGGCUAUGGGCAAGUUCCGCUCGGCGCUGCCCGACCUGUCGAAGGCCAUUGAGCUCAAGCCGGAUUUCCUGGCCGCCAGGCUGCAGAGGGGCAACAUCCUCCUGAAGCAGGGCAACACGGAGCAGGCCAAGCAGGACUUCGAAGCCGUGCUGCAGAGCGAUCCCGGCCACAAGGAGGCUCAGACCCAGCUAGCCAGGCUCACCGAGCUGGAAGUGACCAUGCAGGAGGCCCGGGCAGCCUAUCAGAGGACAGACUACGCGGGAGCCAUCGGCAUCCUGGGGCGAGCCGUCGAGAUCUCCCCGUGGAACCCCGAUGCCAAGGAGCUGCGUGCCGAGUGCCACCUCCUGCUGGGUGACUACGGCCAGGCCAUCCUGGACCUGAAACCCACCACCAAGCUCCGUGCUGACAACCGGGCGGCCUUCCUUAAGCUCAGCCAGCUCUACUACGGCCUGGGGGAGCACGAGGAGGCCCUGGCGCAGGUGCGUGAAUGUCUCAAGCUGGACCAGGACGACAAGGCUUGCUUCGCCCACUACAAGCAGGUCAAGAAGCUCUCCAAGCAGCUAGAGUCGGCCGAGGAGCAUGUCCGAGCGCAGAGGUACGAGGAAGCCAUCGACAAGUACAAAGCGGCCAUGAAGACAGAGCCACACGUGGAGGUUUAUGUCGUCAAGGCCAAGGCGCGCAUCUGUCACUGCCUGUCCAAGAGCAAACGGGCCCAGGAAGCCAUCGACGUCUGCACGGAGGCUCACCAGCGGGACCCACGCAACGUCUUCGUCCUGCGGGACCGGGCCGAGGCCUAUAUCCUGAACGAGGACUUCCAGAGAGCGGUGGAGGAUUACCAGGAGGCCAAGGAGUUGGACGGGGAAAACGAGCAGAUCAAGGAAGGGCUGGAGCGAACCCAGAAGCUGCUGAAGCAGUCGAGGAAACGCGACUACUACAAGAUCUUGGGGAUCCGGAGGAACGCCAACAAGCAGGAGAUCAUCAAGGCCUACCGCAAGCUGGCCCAGCAAUGGCACCCGGACAACUUCCAGUCCGAGGACGAGAAGAAGGAGGCGGAGAGGAAAUUCAUCGACAUCGCGGCCGCCAAAGAGGUCCUGACGGACCCAGACAUGAGGCAGAAGUUCGACUCCGGAGAGGACCCCUUGGACCCCGAGAACCAGCAAGGAGGGGGAGGACACCCACACCACUGGCCUUUCGAGUUCAACCCCUUCGGCUCUGGCAAUUUCCACUUCAAAUUCCACUUCAACUAGCGCGGGGUGGGGGGAAGAGCUCCGGACCGCGCGGCGAGGGGGAAACUGGGCCCGACGGGCUCCCCUGUAAUGACUCCUGCCCGCACCCCGGAGCCGCCUCCCGCUCGUCGUGUCAACCGUUUCCUGCCACGUCUCUCUCCGGCCUGGGAACGGGGCCGGAUCCAGGCGUUUGCUUUCCGCGGGAGAACGAGAUCGUUUUGCCGCCUCGCUCGGGUGUGUCAAGAAGGCCCGCGAGCGUCGCUCUUUCUGUGCUGAAUGUCUCGGAGAACUGAUUCGAUUCGCUCCGUCUGUGCAUCGCGUCUUCGCAGCCUCUCCGCCCUGGAGCGGAGCGGGUUUAAAUUCGCUUCCCGUUGGCGGUGCGUGAUGGCUAACGCCCAACGCACACUUAGGAGAAAAGCGGUCGGUGUUAAAGGUUCGGCACGAGCGUUGACUGGACAUUUUCCCCUCAAAAGGAGAAUUAUUUGCCCCGGGUGGGGGGUGUCUGCUUUGGAAAGUUACAGCUGUCGGUCGGAGAAACAAACAAAUGCCUCAAAAAUGACCAAUUUUCUAUUUGGCCUCAUGGGAGGUGUCAUGGGGGGGGACUCAUUGCCUCCUAGGGGGUUGGCCUGCGUCUCCCAUAGGGGUUCCCAUAAUGCACGCCUCCCCCUCCAGUACCGGCGGCAGUGGUGCAUCAUGGGAGAUGUAGUCCAGCCAGGGGCUCCAGACCAGAAAGGGGGGGCAUGAGGUGCACGAACUACAUCUCCCACGAAGCUGCCAGCGCAUCCCAGUCGAAAAAUCGGGCGGCUUUUGAAUUCUCGCCAGGAAAUCGAAAUUGUCCCGCAGGAAAAUUUAAGACAAAACCGUUUUUUUUUUCAAUUUCUUCAUUUUUGUUGUGAUUUCUCUCAGACCCCUCUUCCUUUUUUCCGAGCCCACCCCCGUCACGUCAGUGGGGGGCUGCAGGGCACGGGACCCACAUAGCCGACCUCCAACGAACCCUGGGAAGCCGGCCUGGCAUUUCUGCUCUGGGGGUGCUCAGAGUCCGGCCGGGGGGGGGAAUAUUUGCUAGAUUAUUUAUUAGUAUUUUUUUAAUGAACUAAAAAAAGCCUCCCCCCUGCCCCCCAAGAAAAUCAUCUUUGCACAGUAACGAGCUCUGGCUGAAAACUCACCCCCACUCCAGGAAAAUUCUCUGAUCUAUUUUUCACAGAAGAAAUCAAAUUUGUUUCUCCGUCUUGGCAACAUCCCGCCCCGGCCUUCGUGUCACUAAAAAAGACGCCGCCUCCUUCCUGGCUCCCUUUUCCGGGUCCUUUCGGUGGCCUGAGCGGUUUUUUACUCCCUCGUUCUACAAGGACGCCGUUAAUUUCUGUCCGGGCGGAGGGAAGCCCAAGUCGAACUUUUCUUCAGGGAAUGAUCGUUCCCUCCCUCCGUGCCGGUGGCUACCGCCCCCGCUGGCUGGUAGCCUCGCCGUCGCUGCCCCCCCCUUUUGCUAUCUUAUAGAUACGAUUUUUAACGUUGAUUUAUUUUCAGGACCGGGUGGCACCCUGGAAUCAUUGCACGGGCAAGGGGGUGGCCGCCGCCCCCCGAGCGUUGGGAUUAAAAUUUCUAUGGCAAA